AUGAAACAAGACAAUUUUGAGGUGAUGCGGGAACACAGUGUAUAUUACCCAUUUUCAGAUAGAGCAGAGUGGGAACUUGCAAAGUUUCUAUGCGACAACUUUAACCAGGGGCAGAUCACUCGGUUCUUGAAGCUUCUCUGGGUGGUUUCAGAGACUAGAAAGCCGUUAUCCUUCAAGAACGCAAAACAACUCUUCACUUUCAUGGAUGUACUACCAGUGACCCCCAGAUGGAAGUGUACGCCCAUCCAUACUGACGGAUAUACAACUACCCACCACGUGAAUCUCAUUUGGCGAGAUGCCCUAGAAGUUGUGCACCAUAUUUUCGGCAAUCCAAUCUUCGCCAACCAUAUGGAAUACAAUCCUUAUGAGAUAAACGACAAUGGUGAGCACAAGUAUGGAGAGUGGAUGUCUUGUGAACAGGCAUCCGAAAUUCAAGAUCAAUUGCCUGUUGGCGCAACUAUCGGGCCCAUUAUUCUCACAUCCGAUAAGACACCAGUCACCCGACAGACGGGCUCACUCGAGAUGCACCCAACAUUCCUUACUAUUGGCAACAUCCACUCUGAAAUACGCAUGAAGGCCACAUUGCACGCAUGGGCUGAAUUCUCUGGGUUAUUGGAAGUGCGCGUCUGGCAUAAGUGUAUGGAUCUGGUCUUGCAGAAUCUGAAUGUCACUGCUGGGGUGGGCAAAUUCAUGGUAGACCCCAUGGGUUGUCAGUGUUACGCAUUCACACCACUUGCCACCCAUAUCGCUGAUCUUCCCGAGCAAACCAUGAUCGCGUGUGUCUCAAAAAACGCUUCACCGACAACUUUAGCCAUGCAGGCACAGUUCAGCGAUGGCAUCGCAUACCCCCCUCGUCGUGGCUCAGAUACACUACAGAAACUACACGAACUUUGCAAAAUCACGGAUCCCUGGAAGGUCUGGGAAUUUCAGGAGCUGGCCAAGCAACAUUUCCUCAGUGGUGUCCACCAGCCAUAUUGGUGCAACUGGGGGCGCGCAGACCCUUCAAUCUUCCUUGUCCCAGAGAUACUGCAUGCGUGCCAUAAGUUUUUUUUUGACCACCUGCUGAAGUGGUGCAAGGAGGUGAUAGGCCCCAGCGAGCUCGAUGCUAGGUUCCACAGCCAGCAUAAACGGGUUGGUACAUGCCAUUUCCACGAUGGUGUGUCUCAUGUGAACCAGAUGGCCGGACACGAGCAUCGUGAUAUUCAGCGAACACUUGUCCCCACUAUUGCGGGUGUGACAUCUGAUGAAUUCGCCCGUGCUAUCCGCACUCUGAUCAACUUCAUAUACAAAGCACAGGCUCCUACUUUUACCCGCUCCUCCAUUGACAGUAUGGUGUCCUCCCUGAAUGAAUUCCACGCCUACAAACACUUUAUCUUAGAGGCGGAGGCUCGCAUGGGAACUUCGGGCCCUAUCAGUGCCCUUAUACAACAUUCUGCGGAUGUCAGCGAGUGGCUGCUGAUUACACAUUGCAAGACGGCUUUCCAACAAACAAGUCACCAACGAGGCACAUUCACACAGCAGAUCGUCAAUAUCAUUAACCGGAUAUCUCUCAUCAAUGUCAUGGACGACGAGUUCAACGAAGUCGUCAAUAUGGAUCCUACCUUUAGUUGGAUAGCGCGCGUUGCGCCACAGGAAAUGCAUCGCUUUCAGGCAAUUCGCCCCGUUUGCAAUCACUUUCUCAAAGGCCUCCUUUCUGACGAGGCUAAUGCCGCCAUUCACAUUACCAUCGCUCACGAUCUUGCUGAUCGUUCAGCUGCCGCUCUCGCCCAACAUUAUCAUCUCACAGAUUUUCCAAAUGUCCUUUCACAGUAUCUCGACGGUGUAUCAGGUCAAAACUCGCUGUAUCACAGUCACCUGCUUAAAGCUUGGUACAAAUUUAGGCUCCAGCUUCAUUCCCAACUUCGUCCAUGCAACAUCACGCCAAGCCAGCAAGUUCAAGCCUAUCCACCAUAUGAUACUUAUCCAUUUGGAAACUGUGAUAUCAUUCUCCUUCAACCUACAGAUGCUCACCCAAAGUCCUGUAAGUUUUCAAGUUUUUGCUCAAUUCCGCGAACCUCUUCUGUAUGUUCAGCAAUUCGAAAUAGCUGCACCCCUGAGCUGCACAUUGCCAUGUACCGAGUUCGACAUUCAUUUUAUCCUGCAUCUGAUCGUUCUCCAAGUCGCACAAGGAUCAGGAAGAUAGUACAGCUUAUCGAUGUUACACAUGCAGUAGAAUUGAUACCCAUCUAUGGAACAAUGAUGGAUCGCUCUGUUUCAUCCACAACAUCUCUCGAACACUAUGAUAAUUUUUAUCUCAAUGCAUUCUCCAAUAAAUAG